GGGAAGGUGUGAAAAAAGGCGACGCCUUCUGGUCCGCAAAAUUGAGACUAGACGUUGCCCACAGGCCGAGGUUUGCGUUCCAACGAGGAAGACUCGAAGCGUCUCCGUAGCGGCAGGGCGUGGCUGGCUGAUGUAGACUACAUCUCCCAUUAGGCCAUGCGCACUAUAACAGGCCCCCUCAGGUGGCGCUGGAGCAUUGUGGGAUUGGAUGAGUCUCAAGAUGGACAACCGGGAUGUUGCAGGAAAGGCUAACCGGUGGUUUGGGGUUGCUCCUCCCAAGUCUGGAAAAAUGAACAUGAAUAUCCUUCACCAAGAAGAGCUCAUCGCUCAGAAGAAACGUGAAAUUGAAGCCAGAAUGGAGCAGAAAGCCAAGCAGAAUCAGGUGGCCAGCCCUCAGCCCCCACAUCCUGGCGAAAUUGCCAACGCACACAACUCUUCCGUUUCCAACAAGUUUGCCAACGAUGGCAGCUUCUUGCAGCAGUUUCUGAAGUUGCAGAAGGCGCAGACUAGCACAGAUACCGCCCCCAGUGUGCCCAGUGCCCCGCCUCGAGUGCUCCCCCGUGCUGGGAAGAGGCCCCCCAUCAUCAGCAGCCCAUUGGGCCAGGUGAAGAACUACAUGCACGCCAAGCAGCUGCCCCUGGCCAGCCGCCCGAGUGUCUUCCAGUCUCCUGAUGAGGAUGAGGAAGAGGACUACGAGCAGUGGCUGGAGAUCAAAGUUUCACCCCCAGAGGGAGUCGAGACUCGGAAAGUGAUAGAGAAAUUGGCCCGCUUUGUGGCAGAAGGAGGCCCCGAGUUAGAAAAAGUAGCUAUGGAGAACUACAAGGAUAACCCGGCAUUUUCGUUUUUGCACGAUAAGAAUAGCAGGGAGUUCCUCUACUACAGAAAGAAGGUGGCUGAGAUUAGAAAGGAAGCACAGAAGUCACAGACAACCUCUCAGAAAGUUUCACCCCCAGAGGACGAAGAAGUCAAGAAUCUUGCAGAAAAGUUGGCCCGAUUUAUAGCGGACGGGGGUCCUGAGGUGGAAACCAUUGCCCUCCAGAACAACCGUGAGAACCAGGCAUUCAGCUUUCUAUAUGAACCCAGCAGCCAAGGGUACAAGUACUACCGCCAGAAGCUGGAGGAGUUCCGGAAAGCCAGGGUGGGCCCCAUGGGCACUCACUCGACACCCAACCUCUGCCUCCAGGGCAGACCCCCUCCUGAGAGCCCCUUAGGGCAUCUGCCCCCCACCGCCACCUGCCCUGCCUCAUCUGCCCCCUCGCCCACUGUCACCCUGGCUUCAGCUGCCCAUGGGAAGCCGGCUACCACAGCCACUGUGAAGAGGAAGCGAAAGAGCCGAUGGGGGCCUGAGGAGGACAAGGUGGAGCUCCCACCCGCCGAGCUGGUGCAGAGAGAUGUGGACGCCUCCCCUUCACCUCUGUCAGUUCAGGACCUCAAGGGGCUCGGCUAUGAGAAGGGGAAGCCCGUGGGUUUAGUGGGUGUCACAGAGCUGUCGGAUGCCCAGAAGAAGCAGCUGAAGGAACAGCAAGAGAUGCAGCAGAUGUAUGACAUGAUCAUGCAGCACAAGCGCGCGAUGCAGGACAUGCAGCUGCUAUGGGAGAAGGCUCUGCAGCAGCACCAGCAUGGCUAUGACAGUGAUGAGGAGGUGGAUAGUGAGCUGGGCACCUGGGAGCACCAGCUGCGGCGCAUGGAGAUGGAUAAGACUCGGGAGUGGGCUGAGCAGCUAACGAAGAUGGGCCGGGGCAAGCAUUUCAUCGGAGACUUCCUACCGCCAGAUGAGCUAGAGAAGUUCAUGGAGACCUUCAAGGCUCUGAAGGAGGGCCGUGAGCCUGACUACUCUGAGUACAAGGAGUUCAAGCUGACUGUGGAGAACAUCGGCUACCAGAUGCUGAUGAAGAUGGGUUGGAAAGAGGGCGACGGACUAGGCUCGGAGGGCCAGGGCAUCAAAAACCCAGUCAACAAAGGCACCACCACAGUGGAUGGCGCUGGCUUUGGCAUUGACCGGCCAGCUGAGCUCUCCAAGGAGGACGAUGAGUACGAGGCUUUCCGCAAGAGGAUGAUGUUGGCCUACCGCUUCCGGCCCAACCCCCUGAACAACCCCAGACGGCCUUACUACUGAGUAUUGUGCAGAAACACACAAACGUACUUUCCAGACCACAACUGAGCAUUCUUGAACUGUAGAGUGUUACGGACUACGUUUCUGCCUGCCCUUCCCAUUGUCUCGAGUGUUGUGGUGUGUAUUAAAGUCCCAGUGCUUUCCCACUGUGGGAGCCUGGUCCUGCCAUCCCCAGAAA